CAUUCUAAUUCUGGAUGUCCUAUUGCUAAAAUAAGACAAGGGCUCUGAAAAUAUGUCUCAUCAUUCUGGUGCAUGUUAAUAAAAGCGAAUCAACAAUUUCCAUGUGUUGCCUCAUCAUCAACCAUCAACUGUACAACGUAUCGUGUCGUUACCGCUGGAUGUCUAGGUGUAACUGUAAUAUAUAGAGUGCCUUGGCCAGAACUAAGGUCGUAUAUCGAGAAGAUGGAGGGUUUAGACCUGAAAAGAAAGGGAACCCAAAAGGUAACUGCAUUGAGGCGAAUUGAACAAGAUGUUCAGAUUAAAUGGGAAGCUGAAAAAAUGUUUGAGGAGGAUGCUCCAAAUGGUGCCAAGGACUCUGGAAAAGACAAAUAUAUGGUGACAUUUCCUUACCCAUAUAUGAAUGGACGUCUUCAUCUGGGACAUACGUUUUCGCUGUCUAAGUGCGAGUUCUGCGUUGGAUAUUUACGUCUUAAAGGGAAACAUUGUCUUUUCCCCUUCGGCCUUCAUUGCACUGGUAUGCCAAUAAAGGCUUGUGCUGAUAAAUUAGCAAGAGAAAUGGAGGAUUUUGGAUGCCCUCCAGUGUUCCCAGAAGUGACUGAAGAAGUUGAGGUUGUCGUUGAUAAGGAACCCAUUAUUAAGGAUAAAGCAAAAGGAAAAAAGAGUAAACUUGCUGCAAAGAAAGGCACUGCCAACUACCAGUGGGAAAUCAUGCAAUCCCUGGGAAUUCCGGAUGAUGAGAUUCCCAAGUUUGCAGAUGCAAUGUAUUGGUUUGAGUACUUCCCACCAAGAGCUAAGGAAGACCUUCGCAGCAUGGGUUUAAAGGUUGAUUGGCGCCGUUCGUUCUACACCACUGAUGUGAACCCUUUCUACGAUUCAUUUGUGCGGUGGCAGUUCAUUCAUCUAAAACAGGGCAACAAAAUCAAGUUUGGGAAACGUUACACCAUCUAUUCACCUAAAGACGGCCAGCCAUGCAUGGACCAUGACCGCCAAACAGGAGAAGGCGUGGGACCACAGGAGUACACCCUCAUUAAGAUGAAAGCUCUUAAGCCAUACCCUGAAAAACUGAAGCAACUUUCCAAUAAAGAUGUGUUCCUGGUAGCAGCUACUUUAAGACCGGAGACCAUGUACGGCCAGACGAACUGUUGGCUUCACCCGGACAUCAGGUAUAUUGCGUACGAAACAAGCAGCGGUGAGGUUUUCAUCAGCACGAAAAGAGCUGCCCGCAACAUGUCCUUUCAAGGAUUCUUUAAAGAGGAAGGAAAAGUCGAUGUACUUGCGGAAAUCACUGGACAGGAUAUAAUGGGAAUGGCACUUAGUGCUCCACUGACCUCAUAUAAGGUGAUAUAUACCUUACCUAUGCUGACCAUCAAGGAGGACAAAGGGUCUGGUGUAGUGACCAGUGUGCCAUCUGACUCUCCAGACGACUUUGCUGCCCUCAGAGAUUUGAAGAAGAAACCAGCAUUCAGAGAGAAGUUUGGUUUAAAAGAUGAGAUGGUUCUGCCAUUUGAACCGGUGCCAAUCAUUGAUGUACCGUCAUUUGGCAACCUGUCUGCUGUUACCGUGUGUGAACAGAUGAAGAUUCAGAGUCAGAAUGACAAGAUACAGUUACAAGAAGCGAAGGAGAAAGUGUAUCUCAAAGGAUUCUAUGAUGGCGUGAUGCUUGUUGAUGAGUUCAAGGGUCAAAAGGUCCAGGAUGUAAAGAAGUUGGUGCAGAAGAAGAUGUACGACAGCAAAGAAGCAUGCAAGUACAUGGAACCCGAGAAGCGGGUCACAUCCAGGUCAGGUGACCCAUGUGUGGUGGCGCUGUGUGAUCAGUGGUUCCUGGAUUAUGGCGAAGAGAAGUGGAAGGCGCUGACAACCAAGGCUCUGGAUAACGUCAACACUUAUUGUGAAGAGACUCGGCGAAACUUUCUUGCUACCUUAGACUGGCUAAGGGAACAUGCCUGUUCUAGAAGCUAUGGCCUGGGUUCCAGAGUGCCUUGGGAUGAACAAUACCUCAUAGAAUCUCUUUCUGAUUCCACAAUCUACAUGGCGUACUACACGGUCGCACACCUCCUGCAAGGAGGGGUCAUUAAUGGGCAGACUAUUGGACCUCUUGGUAUAAAACCAGAGGAUAUGACUCCAAGUGUAUGGGAUUACAUAUUUUUUCCAAAUGCAAAACUCCCUUCAAACACAGGCAUAUCGAAAAAAUCUCUUAAUAAAUUAAGGCAAGAGUUCCGAUAUUGGUACCCGGUUGAUCUACGAGUGUCCGGCAAGGAUCUUGUUCCAAACCAUUUGACCUACUUCCUGUACAACCACUGUGCAAUCUGGUCUGAUGAGCCUGGGAGGUGGCCAAGGUCGAUCCGAACCAAUGGUCAUCUCUUGUUGAACAACGAGAAGAUGUCAAAAUCUACCGGUAACUUCCUUACUCUGAAGCAAGCAGUUGAAAAGUACUCUGCUGAUGGUAUGCGCCUGGCUCUAGCUGAUUCCGGUGACACACCAGUGGAGGACGCUAACUUUGUGGAAAACAUGGCUGAUGCUGGCAUCCUCCGUCUCUACACAUUCCUGGAGUGGGUCAAGGAGAUGCUUGAGGUCAAAUCGAGCCUACGUACUGGACCAAUGGACAGCUACAACGACCGAGUGUUUAUGCAGGAAAUGAAUCAUGGAAUUAAGAUAACUGAUGUGAAUUAUGAGAAGAUGCUGUUCAAAGAAGCGCUGAAAACCGGCUUUUAUGAAUUCCAGGCCUACAGAGACCAGUAUCGUGAACUCGCCAUGGACGGUAUGCAUCGCGACCUCGUUUUCCGAUUCAUUGAGAUGCAAGUCCUCAUCCUGUCCCCCAUCUGCCCCCACCUGUGUGAGCAUAUAUGGCAGCUGAUUGGUAAGAAGGGGUCGAUCAUGAAAGCAAGCUGGCCAAGUAUCACAGAUGUGGAUGAGGUUUUGAUUCGGUCUUCUGUAUACCUCAUGGACUGCGCUCAUGACUUCCGUCUCAGGGUCAAGAACUUGUCUAAUCCCCCAAAACAAAAGAAAGGAGCUCCAACCCCUCAGAAGCCAACUCAUGGAACCAUUUAUGUUGCCAAGACAUUCCCACCCUGGCAGAGUACUAUACUUAGCAACCUGAAAGAAAUGUACCAGUCUAACAGUGGAGCAUUCCCAGAGAACAAAGAAAUUAUUGGCAAAUUGAAGAACAUCGAUACUCUGAAGAAGUACAUGAAGAAAGUAAUGCCAUUUGUGCAGCUCUGCAAGGAAAACGUUGCAGCAAACGGAUUGAGAGCCCUUGAUUUAAAAUUGGAUUUUGAUGAGAAGAAAGUUUUGGAACAAAAUUUGGAGUACUUAACACAGACUCUUGAUCUUGAAGGAUUGCAGGUGAAAUUCUCAGAGGAAGGGGAUGCAAAAGUGAAAGAGGAGUGUUGUCCAGGGAAACCAUACUCCACUUUCAACACUCAGCCCUCGGUAUCCAUGGUGAUGGUGAAUCCCCAACCAACUAGCGGCUUCUUUUCCUUCUCUUUACCCAUCAUGCAACAGGACACCCCAGCCAAGAUUGCUCGUCGGAUGUGCAAACAGGAACGAAAUAUAAAAAAUCCCAAGAAAGUUGCUCUGUAUUCCUACAAUGACCCAGAGCUAGGCCCACGUACCCUGCCACGCUUUGAUAGCCCAACGGCAGGCAGGACAACUGUUCCAGCGUCCGCAAUAUUUAACAUUGAUGUAGACAACAAGCUUGUUACCCUAACGGACAAUGGAUCCAGUAAAUCAAUUGGAACCCAAAUUGUUUAUAUCAUUGAAUAAGUAUGGCUGCCAUGUGGUCACAUGGGUGGAAAGGUUGCCAAGGUAGUGCAGAAAUUUCAGCCCAUUUACAAGGUUACAAAUACACAAGGGAAGUUUGUGUAUGUGCCACUCUGAUACACAAUAAGCUACUGUAUUUAUAAUGCCACACAUUUAAAAAAAAUGGUCUUGCUCAAAAUUAAUCAAAUGCAUUUUGAGUUUUGUAUUAUGGCUUCUGAGCAAUAUGCUGAUUUUUAAACUUACAGCAUCCUCCAGAGCAGACUUAAUGAUGUAGGUUUAAUGCAUCUGCACAUAACACAAUUCAGUUUAUGCAAUUACAGUACAUUCUGAUUUUGAAGCACUUUUGAUAAGUUCAUGGUAGUGUGCUGUAUAUAUAAGGCAGUAAUUAUUAUGGUGUAUUUUGUGAAAACCGACUAUUGCCAUUACUCCUUCAACCAAAACACCCCUAAAAAUAAUAGAACCGUCCGUACCCAACGCAUGAUUGAUAACACCUGUAUGUACACCCUUAUUUAAUUGUCGCCUUUACAGCUGUUAACACCACUGAAAAUAGAGAUAUUCUAAAAGAAUAUUUGUAAACAGUCUUCGCAACAGAUGGUGAAAAAUAACAGGAAGCUAUAAUUGGAUUUGGAAAAAAAGUUGGAUCAGUAAGUGGUGAUAAAAAUCAAUCAACUUAUGGUCAAUAACUGAAUUCUAAGAACUCUUUGGGGGGUAAAAGAAAGUAAUUAUUUAUUAAGGUUAUAUUAUUAGUGGUUUCUUAUUGAAAAAAUACUGAUGCAAUGGGAUCAUACUCAUAGCUAUAAACCAACUGAUCUAUCUGCACCUAAUAUAUACUUUAAACAAAACAAAUAGUAGAAUUAGUGACUUUUUAUUGAUAUAUUUUUCGGUUUGGAGAUUAAACAAAAAUAAAUCAAUAAUUGAUAAAAAUAU